CUGAAGCACAGCGUCCGUCCAACGUAUGCAUAAACAGCUGGGCGAGCAGCACGCAUAAUCCGAUCGACGAAGGGAUUUGUCUGUACAUAUGCAUCCACACGCAUCCCCCAUACGACAGGAGUACCGCUACACCACGACCACCACCACGACGACCACCGCCACCACCAACUGCAACUGCAACACAGACAGACGACAGACAUAUGAGGGGCGUGCAGCGGCCUCUUUUGCAUCGUCCUGGCUGUCCUCACCGUGUUGUGUUAUCAUUGUGUGUGUCUGUCCUCUACGGCGCCUGUCCGUCGAGCAAGACCGGUGCGACAGGGCCCAGUGACCGCCGAGCCAGGGCGGCCGUGCGCUGAUGCCUGGCAGGGAACGGAUCGCCUGGGCUGCCCACCGGCUGCUCAGUCGUGACUAGUAAGACACUCACUGCCACAUGAGAGAAGGGACAGACAAUGAGACUGUCUGUCUGUCUGUCCGCACUCACGGCUCCCACUCACCGUUCUGACGGUCAUCAGGAAGGACCCAGAAUUCGACCAACGCUAUGAAGGGGUCCUCGAAUGCCGUCAGCAGAUGAGUCUGAUAUACCUCUCCAUGGGCCGCUUCCGACGCUCUGACAGCUGAGCAUCCGUGCAGUGGUGUGUGGGGCGACCGCAUCAGCACGCCGUCCAGAUAGCCACCCCUCACGCUACUACACACAUCCACACACAGACAGACAGCGCUCCACUGCCACGUCCCAUGUGUGCCCCGGAGAGAACCUACCGAUCGAUGUCCAUCUGCAUGGUGUGGACCUGGACACCGCUCUUAAAGUAAUGGUGCCUGAUCGUGGCCACGAUGAAGGCGCUCAUCGACGCAUCAGUGUCCUCCGAAACGCCUGCCGCCCAGCUGCCGCCGUCCUCGGCUUCUUCGUCGAACCAAAUGGCCGACUGGACGGGCGGGUCGUCGUGCUUCAUGUGCUGUUGGAAGGGGUGCUGCUGCAGGGGGUGCACGUCAGUGAUGGGCAGGGGCGGGUUGAGGGUGAUGGCGAACUCGGGCUCGUCGCGGAUGGCGCGGAUCUCGUUGGUGGCGUUCUCACGGAAGAGCUCGAAGGUGCCGUCCUGCUGGCCAUUGGCACGACGGAAGGCCACGUGCCGACUGACGACCAUCCACUGGGCUGUCACACGGGGCAUCGACAGGUAGGCCUGACACACAGGAACAUACGACGAUGACAGCCUAUUCUCCCCCUCCCUGUGUGAGGUGAGGUGCUCCCUUACCGUCUUGGUGUCGUGCUUCUGCAGGUCUACAGCGUCGAUGGUGACGGGCAGCUGGCAGUAGCCACACUGGCCCGCCACCCGCAGUCCAUUGCCCACCUCUCCCCAGCUGCCGCCCUCCUCCAUCAGCCACAGUGCCUUCAUCACGCCGCCGCCGCCCAGCUGAGGCGCAAACCGCACCACGCCCGUCAGACCCGCCUUGUCCACGGCGACGGUCAGCCGGCGACGAAGGGCCAUCUUGACGUGAUAGUUGACGAGUGGUGCAGUCGUCUUGAGGCAGCCGACGCCCUGCAAGUUGAGGGGCUCCUGCAGGCUGCCCACGGCGUCGGCCGAGAGGUGAUCUAACUUGGCCUGACCAUAACAGACACAAACAGCGCAUCCGCUCGGAAUUGUAUCGGUUGGUAUGCUCACUGACCGAUGCAGCAGUGCGUCGCUGAGGGAAUGUGGCCGCCUUGACGAAGGCCUUGAGCGAGGCCUUCAACUUGGCGUACUGAUCCAACGCAGCUAUCAUGUGGAGCCAACAAUCCUGCAGCCAUGAAUGAAUGACACACACAUACAAACAGACAGACAGACGUCGUUAACGCCACCAGUAGCGUGCGAAUUCUCUUCUCGUUGUCCCAAAUGUCGGGCAGUGAGUGCUCUCCUCUGGAGGACUUACGUGCGAUGAGAGAUCUACUGCAUCCAGUGCGGACAAGCGGUACAUCAGGCAGCUUAUCUGCGAACGACAACACACAGGAGAGGGGAGAGGCGAGCAUGGUUUGCCUGUCGACGCGUCAGGCCCAAUUGCUGCGUACCUUCGAGUGUUCCUGCUCCAGACCAGACAUACUGACGGCCGUCUGCGUCAAAUCCAUGGUGUAAUGGCUGCGCCGCCCUUCU